AUGUUCGCCAGACGCUAUGAACAGCCCCCCUCGCAAAGCCACAGGAGCAGUUUCUCCAAGGGCCACAAGUCGAACAAGUCGACUUCAUCAUUCAGCAAGACCAGCGGCGUUUCCAAACGCCGCGACUCCCGUGCGACCAGACGGCCCAACACGGCCACUUCAUCAAGCACCCAUGACACCGAAAUGAGCAACAACCUUACCUCCGCGAUCGUGACACUCGUCGUCGGCACCGAACAGCGUCUCUUCGCUGCCCACGAAGACGUCCUCUGCGCAUCCCCCUUCUUCCAGGCCGCCCUUAGAGGAGGCAACUUCAUCGACGGCUCACCCUCGUCCUCCUCAGCCCCCGCCAGACGCAUAGCUCUGCCCGACGAAGAACCCGAGAUCUUCUCGUCAGUUCUGGAAUAUCUCUACAAGGGCGACUACUACCCGCGCCUGGUGCACAACAAGAGACGCAACUCGUGGGAGAUUGAGCAGCUUUCUGAGGACGGCAAGGGCAUCGAGUCGACUGUCUAUCAUCACGGUGUCGACGGUGACUUGCUCAAGGAUACCGUUAUUUACUGUGCUGCUGAGAAGUACGGGCUUGAGGAGCUGAAGCGUGUUUCUCUGAGAAAGCAAGGUCUUCAAUCCGGCAUCCAAUGCAGCACCAUUCUCUCAUCGGCCAGAUACGCCUACGCCCACACACCCGACAGCGACUCCAAGCUGCGAGCCCACUACCUCGCUCUGAUCAUCCGCAGCCGUAGCACUUUCAAGCGGAGCGGCACGAUGCAGCUGGAGAUGUACAACGGAGGCACCCAGCUGUUCUUCGACCUCUUCGUAGCGCUGUGCAACCACGUUGAUGACAUCUCGACUGCGAACACACCUCGCACCCCGCGCAGCGGCCGCUAG